AAAGUCAGAUCUAAGGUAUAGACUUAGAAUAGAAGUGUGUCAUAGAUGCACGAGUGAAGGAGAAACACAGGGGGAGGUUAGAAAGUCCUUUAUGUUCGAUGUACAGUAAAAUGACAGGUUGAGAGAGGGAGUGAAAGGGAGAGAGAGAAUUGCAGAAGUCAUUUGAGAGCGUGAGUCUAGAUCACAUCGGAGUGGGGAUCGGCAAAAAGCGCUGGUGGAUCUACAAUCUCUCUGCUACAGUUUGAGAUCUUUGCUUUGGAAUUAAUUUCCUAUCGAAUAAGGGGAAAACUAAGUGUAUCGUCACAAGCUUUUCAACAAGUUCUCCUUUCGGAUAAAAAGGGAAGCAGCUGCUGGUGUUUUCUCUGUGUUCGCUCGCAGUCACUUCUCAACACACACGCUCAAAGUGAAACAGGGACAGGUUCUGGCGUUGAGCGAUGGGGACGGUGAGCGAACUGUGUGCUUCCAGCUUCCAGGCGUUUUUGUGUCCCACGGUUUUCCCGGCUGCUCCAGCAGUGCCGGACGACCUGACGGCGGACGAGAAGCAGGAGCUGGAAAACAUCAGGAGACGCAAACAGGAGCUUCUGGAAGACAUACAGCGGCUCAAGGAUGAGAUAGCAAAGGUCACCAAUGAGAUCGAAAGUCUUGGCUCCACUCAAGAAAGAAUAAAUAUGCAGCGGAGUAAACAGAUGGCAAUGGGCCGCAAGAAAUUUAAUAUGGACCCCAAAAAGGGGAUUCAGUUCCUCAUAGAGAAUGAGUUGCUGAAGAACACUGAAGAAGAUAUUGCACAAUUUCUUUACAAGGGUGAGGGCCUCAACAAGACAGCCAUCGGAGAUUAUUUGGGUGAAAGGGAUGAUUUUAACAUUCAGGUUCUUCAUGCCUUUGUGGAGCUUCAUGAAUUUACAGACCUUAACCUGGUUCAAGCUCUCAGACAGUUUCUGUGGAGUUUUCGGUUACCGGGUGAAGCUCAGAAGAUCGAUCGCAUGAUGGAAGCCUUUGCCCAGCGUUACUGUCAAUGCAAUCCUGGCGUCUUUCAAUCCACAGAUACUUGUUAUGUACUUUCAUUCGCUAUCAUCAUGUUGAACACAAGCCUGCACAACCCAAACGUGAAAGACAAGCCAUCUGCAGAGAGAUUCAUAGCCAUGAACAGAGGCAUCAAUGAUGGAGGAGAUCUACCAGAAGACCUGCUCAGGAACCUGUAUGAGAGUAUUAAAAACGAACCCUUCAAGAUACCCGAAGAUGACGGCAAUGACCUCACUCACACGUUCUUCAACCCAGACCGCGAGGGUUGGCUGCUUAAACUGGGCGGACGGGUAAAAACGUGGAAGAGGAGAUGGUUCAUCUUGACGGACAACUGUCUUUAUUACUUUGAAUACACCACGGAUAAAGAGCCAAGAGGGAUCAUUCCUCUGGAAAAUCUCAGUAUUAGAGAAGUGGAUGACUCUAAGAAGCCAAAUUGCUUUGAACUCUUCAUCCCAGACAACAAGGAUCAGGUUAUAAAAGCAUGUAAGACUGAGGCAGAUGGGAGGGUUGUAGAGGGAAACCACACAUUUUACCGCAUCUCAGCCCCGACCACGGAGGAGAAAGAGGAGUGGAUGAAGAGCAUCAAGGCUGCCAUAAGCAGAGAUCCUUUCUAUGAAAUGCUUGCUGCCCGGAAGAAGAAAGCCUCAUCUUUGAAGAGACAGUAGGAGCAUUUAUACUGUAUUUGAACAUGGAUUUUGAAGGCCAUGAACAGGAUGUUAGUAUAUGGACCUGAAAAAGGGUCAUGGGGUCUGAGGAAAAGGUGCAAAUAAAACACAAAAGCCAUAACGCUGGACUGGACCGAUGUUUCUCAGGAAUGACAUUGUGCUUUGAAGUUUAUCAGUGCAGUUUGUAUUUUGGGAUUUUGUGUUACAUGUAUAUGUUUCAUUUUCAUGAAGUGCUUAUGAAAGGACGUUAUCGAGUACUCGUACAUUAUCAUCUCAAAUCAGCAGGUCUGACUGAAUGUGGCAUCUCAUUGAACUUUUCUAAGCUUGCUGCAGACAUGACAGUUACUCUUUGUGCUUUGAUACAUAUAAAAUGCUAAAUGUACACCUAUUUUUACACUGCUAUGUAAAUAUGUGGGAAGCUUUGGUCCCUGGUUUGUUUAAGACUGACAGCAUAAACUAAGAGUGACCUUAGUAUUUUUUUAUUUGGAGGCAUUUGUUUUGCUUUUCUAUCUUUCAUUUUUGUCAAAUUUGCCAAAAUUUUGUCACGUUUGUACUUUUUUUCUGUUAUCCUAAACACAGCUGUAGUGAGUAUUUUUCUGAAUUGAAAUUUGUUGUUUUAUUUUGAUACUGUUUAUUUGGCUUAAACAGUUAUUAAAGAGUGGUUCAAUAACAUACUCAUAGGUGGCCUUGAAAGACUGGAAAAAUGUGCAAAUGUUUCAUUUAGUUUGCUGAAUAUUUAUGGAAAAAUGUUAAAGCUGUUACAGAAUUUAACUACUGAGUUAAGAGUUUUAUUUUUUCUGAGUUUUGUAUUUUGCCACAUUAAAUUUAUUUCCUAAAUUAAUGAUAUGUAUAUGUAAGCCCCAUCCAAACCAAACAAAACUUUUUUUUCUUAAUAUGCACUGAUAAUUGAAGGAAAACUCGAAUACUAAUUUAUCAAUGCUGUAUAUAUUUAAACAUAGUUUGUUUUUAUUUUAUAAUGUCAAAAUUUACUUUGUCUAAAAGUAAAUGGGUUUAAGAAAAGCUUUUGGCCGGUUAUGUUUAAUUCUCCAUUGCAAUGUAAUCUUGUGCUUAAAAUAAAGUUGAUAUGAUUGAGCUUUA